AUGUAUACCUACAACAAGUUUGGUUCAAGAGCAUCAACUGCCACGUCAGGAACACAGUCAUCCAAACAGACUCUGUCCUCUUUGUCUACAGUCACCACAACCCACACAGCUCACACCAAGUCCGCAAAGCUUACUUCAUCGGAUAAGAUAAAGAAGGAUACAAGCAAGGCAGUUUUGCAGCCCAUAGAUUACAGCAAUCACUACAUACAUACUGGCGAGUAUGCCACAAAGUUCAUUCGCAACGUGGUCAACCCACUUGAUGGAUACCCAAAACUAAACAAGCUACACGAGUUAAAGAAACAACAAGUGGCCAAACAUGCAACAAAGGCAUUUGGUGUUCGCUGUCCCACUGACAAAAUUGUCCCCACCUUAAACACUUGGAUUCAAAAACACAAUCUCAAGUUUGAUGUCAUCAUGAUUGGUGCAUUAGUUGACAACCAGUUCAUAUUACCAGUUUUGAACAGUUUACCAAUCCACAAAUUGUGCUCCAAACCCGGCUUCUUGUUCAUAUGGUCAACUACACAAAAGAUUCAGCAAUUGACAAAGUUGUUAAACAAUGACAACUUUAACAAGAAAUUCAGACGAUCAGAAGAGCUCAUAUUCUUGCCAAUCAACGACAAGUCGCCUUAUUAUCCGCAUGUCGCCAACACGGCCGACGAAAAGUCGUUAUUUGAAAAGCAACAAUGGCAUUGCUGGAUGUGCAUCACUGGCACCGUGAGAAGAUCUACUGAUAACGAUUUGAUCCAUUGCAAUAUCGACACCGAUCUACAAAUUGAAAGUCCAUCAUGCUCCAAGAAUGACCGCAAUGCAUGUCCUGUACAAAUUUACCAAGUAGCUGAAAAUUUCUCAAAUUCAAAUAGAAGAUUGCAUAUUAUCCCAUCAAAAUUGGGACCUGAAACUCAUGUCAAGUUACGGCCAGGUUGGGUUAUACUUGGUCCUGAUGUUUUGCUAAACAACUUUGACCCUGAAACUUAUAAUGAUGAGUUGCAUGCCAAAUCGGUCAUCAAGUACAAGCAAGCUAAUACUAGUACCAAUACAAAUUUGUCGGCCCUGUUCUUGGUGCCGCAAACAAGCGAGAUUGAGGAUUUGAGACCAAAGAGUCCAGUAGUUUCAGCUAAGUGA